UAUUCUUAGAGUAUAAGGCAUAUCCUAAAAAGCUUGACGUUUUCUUCGAGGACUUGUCGGUGGGACACAUAAAAUAGUGCUGUUCUCCUCACUCUCUAGUCUCGCACUUCCGGCCAUGGCGAGCUUUGAAGUGCAAGAGCGCCAAGUCUCAAUGAUCUCUCCCGAGAAGAAACUGGAAGAUGCCCACUACUCCAAGCUUCCAUUCACGACUUUCGACAUAAUGCAAAAGAGAAGCAGCAUGCCUUACCUCCAGCGCGUUUGCUUCUUCGAAUCCAAAGGCGGUAGCAGUAGCAGUAACGAGAGCUUGAUUGAGAGGAUGAAGGCGAGCUUGGCCAAAGUCCUGGUAGAUUUCUAUCCCUUAGCUGGAAGGCUAGAGAUAAAAAACGAGGGAGACAGACCUGUGAUCUCUUGCAGCGGAGCCGGCGUUGAGUUCUGCGUCGCUGAUGCAAACGUCUCCCUGGAGGAGCUCGAUUACUCCCAGCCCCGGCCGUGGUUCUCCAAGCUGAUCAAAAGAGGAAACUAUGAGUUUAGUGGCUUGUCGACCAACAUACCUUUCAUCACUAUCCAGGUGACCGUGUUUCGCUGCGGAGGCGUGUGUGUUGCUUGGUCGUAUGAUCAUCUCGUCAUGGACGGCAGCUCGCAGUGGCAAUUCAUGUGUUCCUGGUCCGAGAUCUGUCGAGGCCUUCCCAUCUCCAGGCCUCCAACUCACGACCGGUUUUUCGAGCAGCAGCACGAGCAGUUCUCCAGCAUAACCCCGACCAGUUCCCUUUCAUGUGUCUUCGAGGACGUUUCCUCUGGCAUGGAGGCCAAGAUCUUCGAGUUCGAUGACGAGACUAUCGAGAGGCUUAAGUUCUUGGCGUCGGGUCGUUUCUCAGCGUUCGAGGUCGUGGCGUCACAGGUCUGGAUAGCACUUUGCAAGGCUCGCGAUCUUCCAGCGUCUCAGAAAACCAGCCAUCAGCUUCCACUCAACUGUAGAAGCCGGCUGAGCACUCCUCUCCCGGCCGGCUACUUUGGAAACUGUGUGCUCUGUGCGUUGGCCGAGUCCACAGCCGGGGAACUUGUGACUGGAGGGCUUCCAUUCACGGCAGCUGUUGUCCACGAGGCAAUCACGAGUUUCAAGAAGGAUGAGAUCCGCUCCGCAAUUGCCAUCUACAACGAAGACACCAAAGGGACUAGCCCGUUCAGCAAAGGCGUGACAGAUGGUGUGGAUACCUGGGGUGGCAGCUCUCCAAGAUUUCCAAUGUAUAGUCUGGACUUUGGAUGGGGGAAACCAGCCGCUGUUCGACACGCUACGAAGCUGUGGAACGGCUUCUGCUUCUACGACCCGUCACCGAGAGGUGGUAAAGCCAUUGAAGCCACGGUGUACCUUUCUCCUGAAACAAUGGCGAAGUUCAGUGAGGAAGUCAAGACGAAUUAAUCCUGUGUACCACCUUACGUGUUAUAUCCAAAGUCCGUCGUCUCGUC